GUGCGAGCUACACAUAAAAGCUUGUUCGAAUUUUCUCUGAAUAAAAUGGAGAAGUUGGGAGUUCAUCGAGACGCUCUUCAACCGAUGUCAGUCCGUGGAUUUUUAGAAUCAUGGGAUCCAUCAGCCAUACCAGGAAUGGACAGAGGCUCAGUUGAUAAUGAGAAGGCAAUGCUGCAGACAUUUUCCUCAGAGAUGGGAAUUCCUGUAGACACGCUUCAGGAGCUCAACAUCGUGUGUGGAGAAUCAACAUUGAAAUGUAAUAACGAACCCAAACUGUCAGAGAUGUUCCAAACAGUACCUGCUGAUGUGAAUCUGAUGUCCCUCAAGAUGCAACAGGAAGAACUUGAGCGGAGGCAGCAGAGCACCACCUAUAAUACUUUCAUCAAGCGAUCAAUGAGAAUGAAAAAGUGUGACUUUUUAAUGAAUUUUUCACCAAAUGCAGUGAAGACAAAUGAAGAAAAUUGUCCCAAAGAAUUUCGUGUCCAUCAUCCUGAUGUCGUAAUCACAGUUCACAUCCAUCAACCCAACAACGCUCAGCUUGGCUUCAACAUGAAGCUGGCCUUGGACCAGACAAUCCUAGUGCUGGGAGGUGAGAAGUUGACAGAUCUCCGAGACAAAAUCACGUGUGUUAACGAUUUAGCUUUGGCAGGGGAUCUGAGUGAAAACCCAGACUUCACACCAGAACAUUAUGCUAAGGACAUUUACAAGUCUGGGUUCUUCUACAUUGAGGGCUGUUUUUUCAAUGAUUUGAGAGACAGCAGUGCACAUGACUACAGCCAAAUUAUCAUUGACUGGGCCAAAGAUCCGGACCGGAACAUUGGCCCCAUGCAGACCGCAUCCAUGGCAGACACUUCAUUCCUAGACCUGACUCUUAGACUGGGACAACCUUAUGUCUACAUGCAUCAGGGGGACUGUGAACACCUUAUUGUGUUUUCAGAUAUCAGGAUUUUAAAUCAUCAAGAUCCACAAGAUAUCAGAGACUAUCCUCUUGUUACCCACAAACGUCUGAAAAACCAGACCAAGUGCAGGGUUUGCCAGAUGCAUGCUUCCAGAUGGAUGGCAUACAACAGUGAGCAUUCACCAGAAAAUCCCAGUUUUUUCUGUGAACAGUGUUUCCGAGCUUUACAUUAUGACCAAUUUGGAAAGAAAAUAGGAAGUUUCCAGGCAUUCCGUUACUUUGACAGCAGUGCUGUUAUAUAGGAUAUGUAUCUUACGACUACUGCAAGAUAGUCCACCUGGGUCCCAAGAAUCAUGCAGACACUGAGGGCUGUCAUCACUUUAGCUGUGAACUGUUUUGAAAUCUCAAUCUGAAGAUGGAGGUGCAUGUUCUAAGAGGACGUAAAACAUGUUGCGUUCAGCAAAACGUCUCGUGUUUAAAAAAAACUUAUUCAAGUGAAUAUUAUGAGUGAAAUCUGACAUUUCUGUUGAUAUUUGUAAUAAAAAAAGGACAUGUGUAUUUACAUUUA